AUGGAUUUGUCAUUUGCGCAAACCCACAUAGAGACAGAAAUCCACAAGCGGGAUGAAAACUUAAGAGAAGAACCUCCGGCUAAAAAACCAAGAACUGAAAAUAAAAACAGUGCAGAAAUUACGAAAGUUAGUAAAGAAGACGUACCGAGUGGUAGCGUUCAACAAAGAUGUAGUCCAAGAAAACGUUUGGAUAUACGCCCAUUAAACGAGAGUCUUCAACAAAAAUCGGCGAUUCUGCCAAAGAAAUGUAAGCAGAAGUUUAUUUAUGGUAAUUAUUCCAAAUACUAUGGUUACCGUAACAUGGACAAAGUUUUCCAUGAUGUGCGCCUAGAUGUGUUUAACGCAUAUUGCGAUUUAUUUACUGAGAAAAGUGUGCUAGAUAUAGGCUGUAAUACUGGCAUUUUAACGAUAGAAAUAGCCAGACGAUUUAAAGUGAAAUCUAUAAUAGGUCUGGAUAUAGAUCGUCACCUCAUUGAUCAAGCCUUUAAAGCUUUAAACAGGCGAAAGAAAUUGCUGCCUUUUGAUAAUGAAAGUAAAAGAAUGGAAAUAUUUCCUUUCAAUAUAAAUUUCGUUCAUGGCAAUUACGUUUUAAAGGAUGAUGUCUUACUGGAAAUAGAGAAGCCGAAAUUCGAAAUUAUACUUUGUUUAUCAUUAACAAAGUGGAUACAUUUGAAUUUUGGGGAUAAAGGAAUAAAGCAAACUUUUAGGCGUAUGUUUUUGCAAUUGAAACCUCAAGGCGUGUUAAUAUUAGAAGCCCAAUGUUUUAACAACUAUGCUAAACGUAAGAGAAUUACGGAUACCAUAUAUCAUAAUUAUCGGGCUAUUGAAUUUUUUCCCCAGGAUUUCCAUACCUACUUAUUAAGUGCGGAAGUCGGUUUCAAGAGUUGUGAGUUAAUGGGUGUACCUGAUCAUAGUAAAGCCGGUUUUCAAAGGCCCAUAUACAUAUUUUAUAAAUAA